GUUUUGUUCCCUAACAUUUUAGAGUAAAUGCAAAUCAUUGUUAAUACUUCUACUUCUUCAGUCUGUUGCACACUUCACCAUGCCCUAGUGAUAUUUGUAAGCAGCUUUUCACUGUCCUGCUCUAAACUUAGCCCCAGCAGUACCACUCAUCACAACAUGCACAUGGCAGUAGAUUACAAAAGAUGGUGUCAAGUUACCACAGAUGUUACUGUUUCUCAUGGAUGACACUAGAAAAACAAGCUCAGUCCUCGUUCCUGACACAGAAGAGUUUGAUUCAAUUGUGUCUGUGGCGGAGAAUCUGAGUGAGCAGGUAGCUCAUGCUGCAGAUGAGAGGUUACGGUCAGAGCUUCAGACUCUGGUAACACUUAUGAUGGAGGGAGGAGCUGAAAACCAGACUGGAGCGAUCAAUUCUUCAACCGACCAAGAAAGUACGCAAAGAGCAAGUCCGAAAAGUUCUGCCUUACAAGCUGAAGAACCCAAGAGUGUGUCUAAGGAGUCUUUCUCCUCUCUGCUGCCAAAGGCUAUAUCUGCUGCUCUACAUCCAGUGGUGCCCCAAGCCCUGAACUCAGACCCCCGGCCGAGCAGAAAACCAGAGAAAAAUGCUAAACCCAGCCUGGAACAACUCCAGACAGAGCUGAGAGACCUAAAGGACCAGUUAGAACAGAUGAAGAGUCAGCACAACAAAGAAAUAAAACUUCUGAUGAAUGAGCUUGAUGAGGAAAAAAGGAUUCGCUUAACUUUGCAGAUGGAAAUACAACGGAUGAAGAAGCACAUGUCAAAAUGAGCAAAGGGGACGACUUCGAAGGCUAGAGAUUCUGAAGUUAUAAAGGCUUUUUUUUUUUUUUUUAUAAAUGAACCAACCAGAUGGAUGCUGGUUUGUAAAUUAAAAAAAGAAAAGGAAAGUUACCACUCUUUAACAGAAAAUUACUAGGUUUUUUAAGUGCAAGGUGGUCAACUUUUUUGUUUACUGAAUGAACUGACAAAGACUGCUCUGGUCUCACCGAGUUGUUGCUGAAUGUGUAAAGACAUAGCAGGAGCAAAAUCACAGUUAGAGGCUGCAGAAAACUGUCCUUUCUCUCUGUAAAUAAGCAGAACAUCUGUUGUACAAGUUUAUUUAUUUCUGUCAACUUUAAUCUCUUUACCCAUACGUUAGUGGGGAAAUGUCCCCUGAAAUGACUUGAAGUGGUUAAGAUGUGAAUACUUUAUGAUAUUUUCUUUUUGGUGGCAACUUUGGACAAUGACAAAUGAAAGUUUGCACUUUGGAGUGGCACAGCCCACCUCUAAAACAUGAACAGACAAACAAAUUCUAACAAAUAUUUAGUGUAAACUCGUCUUUACCUGGGUAAACCUCAGAUGGCCAAUUGCAAGUGAAUGCAGCAUGUGAUGUACUUUCAUGUUGUUCUACAUGAACACUGCCAUGUUCUUGAACGUAAUGCAGCAUUUUUACCAGAUAAUCUCACCUUUAGCCUAUGUAUGAGAUAAUACUUAUCUGUCCAGACUGUUUGCAUUUCAUGAAGAGGAUGUAAAAGUAAUAAAACCAUCAAAUGUGGCAGCUGUUGGCAAAUAAUGCUGAAGAAACACUGAUAAAGUUUUUCUCAUCAGCAGUCAUUAAAGACAUACAAUGCAAUGCAUCUGUCUCUGCCUGGCUCUCCAAUGAAAAUUGUUCUAGACCUGCGUCUGGAAUGAAUACAAAGCUUACAUCAAAUUAUAGGAUGAAUACAGUAUCAUGGAAAAUAAUUCAGCUUGUUGUAUUUUGAUUGUAAAAAACCUUUGACUAACCAAGCCAAGGCCAUUUAUUGGUUGCUAAUAUGAAGGAGCAAAACUGCUGGCUGUUUUAUUGAGCUUUUAAUAACAAUUAA